AUGCCCGCACUCACAGAUGUGCCGAUCAAGUUGAUUAUAGGGGCCGGGAAGGCGGCACCUACGCCACCCGUUGGACCGGCUUUAGGUUCAAAAGGUGUGAAAGCUAUUGAUUUUUGCAAAGAGUUCAAUGCAAGAACUGCACAUUACAAGCAAGAUGUUCCCAUACCAGUGAACAUAAUUGUGCAUCCAGACAGAACUUUUAACUUCAGCAUCAAGUCACCAACAACUUCCUGGCUAUUACUUCAGGCUGUUGAAAAGGAAAAGGGGUCAGAUAGUUUGGGAAAAGGAAAUUUCGAGAAGAAAGGUAAUCUAGGAGAGCUUAGUCUUAAGCAUAUUUAUGAGAUUGCGAAGAUCAAGAAGACGGAUACUGCACAUACAGACAUGCCAUUGAAGGAUGUGUGCAAGGGUGUGAUUGGGACUGCUAAAUCGCUAGGUAUCAAGGUUGUUUUAUAG